UCGAUGGAUUCUGAAGAGCUGCUGAAGCAGGACCUGGAAACUCGAAAAUGGCUGGACGACAUCGAGAGCUUCCGAUCGCCGCCGCCGCUGCGCAACAUAUUCGCCGAGUCGGUCGAACGGUCUGAUCCGCGGACCGUCAAGCAUCCGGUAACGUCCGAGUUCGUUUUACGGUCGACCAGCGACCAUGAAGAGGAGUUCGGUCAGAAGGUUCGAAAGUUUCAGCUGUCAUCGGCUCAUCCGUACGCUAACCGAGGACGCAUCGAAAAGUCGAAAUGGUUGGCGACGAAUUCCGCCCAGACCGGCAGCGUGAUGAAGGACGACGAUUGCGAGAAAAUUCGCAUCACCAAGGAGCAAGCGAACGCCUUGAAGGAAGCGGUCAAAAAGGAGACGCGCCCGGUCAACAUGUGCGCUUCGCCGAUGUCCACGGACAUGCUACCAAACGCUGCCGCCGCCGAAGCGGUAGCCGCUUUGCCGCCGCGGAGCACGUUGGAUUCGGUGGCCAGAUCGAGCGCGGUUCCGAUCGAUGGACCACAGCCGUUUUACUCCAGGGUCGAUUCGUCGACAUCCUCAUCCGCGUAUAACAAUGCUUACAGAUACGUAAUUUCAAAAGAGAGCGUCGGCGAGGCUAGGUCGGAUUCGGAUACGCGUUGUGACCAUGUAUGUGGCGCCGAGGGUUCGGUCCGAUCGGCCGGUAGCGAUCAGCAGAAGCUUGCCAGGCCGGCUGACGGACUGAACGACGCGAAAUGUCUGUCUCCGAUGCAUGGAUACCAGACGUUGAUCGCAGACAAGGAAGUGUCGGAUAUUUUCAGUAAAUCGACUCACACCCACAAUGGCAAAGUGCCUGAGACCGACGGCAGGCGGUCGUUUUCAUUCGCUGUAACCGAAAACUCUGAUGCACAGCAGCGAUUGGAGCACACCGCCGCGGCCACAGCCGUUGGCACAGCUGCUACGUGCCAACAGGACGCAGAGUUUCUCACCGGUGACAGCAGAAGCAGAAUUCGCAGGACGGCUUGCCAGGCUGUGGUGACAGCCCCGAACACCCUUGACGACGCUAGCGCCGCGUUACAGUGCGCGGUUUCGGUAGAUCCGUCGUACGGUGUCCGGUCGUCCGUUUCAGCAGCUCGACAGAACCUCGCCUUUCCGUCCACCGUCUCCACGCGUGCCGUUUCCGUCGAGCAACCUCAAGGCCGUGCAACGAAGCAGUUGGGCCCCCAAAGCCCCAUUCUUCCGUCCCUUCCCCCUAACGUAAGAGCCGCCGUCGGUAACACGACCCUCGUCGCUAGUGUUGGCACGUCGGACCAUUCGGCGACCAACGCGCUGCUGCGCCAGCAGGCGCAGUACGAGAUACUCGAACGGGAGGUCGAAAACGAACUGAAAGCAAGGAACGUCAUGUAUGGCUAUUGCAGCGCGUGCGGCAAAGAAGUGACCAGCAGUUCCGAGGCGACUCACGCUCUCGACCACUUGUACCAUUCCGAAUGUUUCACGUGUUGUUGCUGUGUUUUAGGCAGAAGACUUAAAGACAAAAAGUUUUAUGAAGCACGAGGUCGUAUCUAUUGCGAAGAGGACUAUUUGGUAAAUUUGAAUGGUAUCUGCGUACCACAACAAACGAAUGAAAAUAAUGUGUUGCAGUAUUCCGGAUUCCAACAGUCAGCCGAGAAGUGUGCUACAUGCGGCCAUCUGAUCAUGGACAUGAUAUUGCAAGCAGCCGGAAAGUCUUUUCAUCCGCAGUGUUUCCGGUGUAGCACGUGCAAGAAAUGCUUGGACGGAGUACCGUUUACCGUCGAUAACCACGGCCGAUUCUACUGCGUUCAAGACUACCAUCUUCAGUUCGCGCCGAAAUGUGCGAAAUGCAAUAAAUGCAUAACGCCAUCAAGAGUGAGUGAUUGCGUUGUUUAUAUUGUGUUCGUUACUGACUGA